GUUUUUUUUACCUUUUUUUAGAAAUUUCACAGUUGUUUUAAACAGUAAAGAAAUAAGAUUGCUGAAUUCCAUAGUUUCGUUUAUUACGUCCCAACAGUUUUUGAGUUAUCAUCUUGUAUCAUUUCGACGCUAUUAUCAUUUAAUUGUUUUAGUUGUCUAAUUUAUUCGGCAUAUCAUGUUUCCACCAAUAUAACUGUACAAUAUCGCAAACGCAAAUUCUAUUGUCGCCUUUUGAUGUGGUAUUUUCGACACAGUAGCAUUAUAUUUUCCGGUUAAUAUAGAUUACCAGAAUAUACAUGAAAUUAGUCCGAUUCUAUGGUUUGAGUACAUUGCUAAAAUAUUCUUCCAAGAAGCCUGCAUAAAUAAGCCAGUCACUAUGAAAAUGAGUGGAAAACAUUUUGUUCUUUGCUUGAAUCAAUAGCACUCUAAAAUCCGAUAUACAUAUAAAUUUAUUUUAAAAACGUGAGUAGCCGUUCAUCGUAUAUUUGUCAAUUGUUAUAUAAUUGGUAAUUUAUGUUUCAAGCAGUUUUAGUGCUAUACUGUCAAUCUUGUUGGUAAUAUAUCGAAUGGACCACAUGUUUGCAUGAUGAGGGUUUUCCAACGAAAAUGGAUUUGGUUUUUUCCAAUCUUCUCAAUUUUUGUUAUGAUAUAUGCUACUCAUAACAAAACGUUUAUUAGUGUAGUACGUACUGUAAUAGCAAAGCUUAUUUGGAGAAAAUCAGGAGAAGAUAAAAUUGAUAAACCAACCAGUAUGAGAAACAUCAGAUCUACAGAACAAACUAAAAGUGACCAAAAGGAAAAAUUACUCGAAAGUACCACUCAGCAGCAGUUAAUACCUACAGAUUUGAGCGAGAUGGUGACAUUUUCCUCAACACAUAAAUCAAAAUUACCAACUAUGUUAUUGUGGUAUCCGCCCCCGUUUCUCGAGAGAAGAUAUGGUGGCAAAAUAAUCGUAGAUAACCUUGAAAAGUGCGGUGGAUGUACCUUUACGAACGAUAAGUCUAAACUGAACGAAAGCGAAAUUAUAAUUCUUCAUAGUAAUUUUCUUGAAAGGGGAGGAAGUAUACCAAAGAGCAGAUUUAUGAACCAAACGUACGUGUUCUAUACUCAAGAAAGUCCAUAUCACACAAAUUACUUGGGUAAAAAUAUUGCCGAUUUGAAAAAUUAUGACAACUUAUUCAACAUGACGAUGACGUAUAGAAGAGAUUCUGACGUCAUGAGUGCAUAUGGUUGUUGGGGAGAGAGAUUUAUUGAAAAAGUUCAACGUUUUCCUUUGAAGCCUAACAGGCCAAAACUAGCCGUCAUGUUUGCCAGCUCAUGUAACAAAGUUGGGGCAAAACUUCGAAAGGAAUAUUCAGAUAUGCUUAUACAAAAUGGUCUUCGUCUUGACAGAUAUGGCAAAUGCUUUGGUAACUAUCACAACGGAAGUAUGGAUGACAUAUUGAUGCAAUAUAAAUUUUUUAUGUCAUUUGAAAACAGUAUCCAUUGCCGCGAUUACAUUACUGAGAAAUUUUGGCUAAAUUCUCUCGAACAUGGUCUAUUGCCAGUGGUAAUAGGUCCUCACAAAGAAGAUAUAAAAUCAGUGGCACCUCCGCAUUCAUAUAUUCACGCAGAAGACUUCAAAUCUCCGAAAGACUUGGUAAACUAUCUCAACUAUCUGGAUAAGAACGAUACCGCUUAUAAGGAAUAUUUCAAAUGGCGAGAAAUUCCCCCGCCUCAUUUAAAAUAUGCUUGUGGAAAAGGAACAGAAUUUUGUGUACUCUGCAAAAAAUAUAUGGAGGGAUCGAGAGGUAAAACAUUUAGUAUAUCAAAAUGGUGGUAUGGAGAAGAACGAACUGAAUGUUUUUCUACUGAUUAUAAAAAAACUAAAUCAUAUUUUAGUAAAAUUCACGGAUUGUGAAAGAGCCAGGAUAAUGUAUCACCUAUGAAUAUUUAUUUAAUUCUGUAUUCUUGGUUUGAAAAGCUCAUUACUCGAUACAUAUUUUAAUGAUAUCUAUAUAAAUCGAUUUAUGUUUCAGAGAUUUGAGCAGACCUGAGCUAUAUCCAAAGCGCUAAUGUACGAAAUAUAAUAUUUAUUAAUUCAACUUUUCAAAAAAGUUCCUUUAGAUUAGUAGAUUAAGUUAGACGCAUUUCCCUUGACAAUUUCCUGUUUUUAAUGUUAUCAUGAUCCUUAAGCGAUGAGCGUUUGAUGAAUGCUGAAUUCUGCGUUUGUACAAAUAUCUCUAUCGUGUUUAAUAUUGGGUUUACUACUUGCAAUUAGAAUAAAUGAUUCGGAUUGAAGUUAUUAGUUGGGUUUAAAAUUGAGGGUUUA